ACCCAGUAAAUUAGGAGUGAAAGAAAACUAUUCUAUGAAACAAUCGACACAAAAGAAGAGAAUAUUAAAUGGUCUUAAAUAUGAAAAGGUUUUCCUCACCUUGGAUGAUAAUUAUGCAGAUAUCUAAGCGAACCAAUUAAAUGACUCGAAAUACAGCAGACAGUCGGUUAACCAAUCAUUGUUAUCGUUGAUAUUGCAGAGGGCGCCCUUAUAACUGUUGUUUGCUGAACUACCUUAAAAAAUAUCUCACAUUUAACCUGCCACAAAACAAACAUUACGUUCUCCUCGUCCAUCGGAGAAAAAAACAAAACUACUGCGAUGGUGCCCGUUAUAGUGUUUCUGUACGUUACAUUAAGCGUUUUAAUUACUUCAGAUAAUCUUUUGGUGAUAGCAGCCGUUUAUUCGACGCGAACUUUACGGAAAGUCACCAAUUAUUCCCUGGUUUCGUUGGCGUUUGCCGAUCUUCUUGUUGGUUGUGUUGUUUUACCUGUCAGGGCGGUCGAAGCUUGGGCUUUCCACUGGUCCAGAAACAUUCUUUGGUGUCAAUUUUCACUGAGUCUUACACUACUCAGUUUGUCCGCGUCGGUGUUAAACCUCCUCAUUGUUACAAUCGAACGAUACCUCGCCAUAAUUCUUCCCUUCACCUACGCAAGUAAAAUCACCACGCGAAGGAACUUUUACGUAAUAAUGCUAGUCUGGGUUGCUGCGUUUUUGGUUUCGUUUUUGCCGUUCGUUGCCUUGAAAAGCACGACAGCUCAAGAACGUGAACAACAGCAUAAAGUUUGCCGUUUUGCGGACACCCUGAGCUCCGAAUACUUGGUAUUUUUUUCUGCCACUGUUGUUUUUAUCCCAACACUGUGUAUCAGUUUAGCUUACCUGAGAAUUUACUUCGCUGCAAUCAAGCUGAGAGCAAGGCUGAAAUCUCUACAAGUUCAACAGGAGGGAGAAGAUAAUAUAGCAUCAGUACUGAAAGAGUCCAAAACCGCUAAAACGAUAGGAGUGGUAGUCGGCGUUUUUUAUUUGUGCUGGAUCCCUUUCCUGAUUGCAGUUGUGUUAAGCGCAUUCUUCAAGGAUUUAAUAACUCCUGUUGUAGUCCUGGUCAUUUCCACGCUAGUUUUCAGCAAUUCCGCUAUUAAUCCAGUCCUUUACGGUUUCUUGAAUCGCGACUUCCGGUUGGCUUACAAGAGACUGAUACCCAGGCUUUCCCGUAUGUGUGCCAGGGACAUUCCGCCGUUACAGAGAAGAAGAGGUUAUGACGUAUCACAAUUGUCCAUGAGGGAUAACACGAGUUGCCCGAACGUUCAAGGAGUGUCAAUCACUACCCGCGUGACUGUUUGAUCAGGCGUACGAUCACGUGAUUGAGGCAUGGAAAAUGCGGUCACUCCAAGAUAGAUUUAACAAAUAGAUUACACGUUGACAUGCUUCUGUUUAGUGAGAAACCAUAAACUGCAAGGGACCGCAUACGAUAAACGCUGCCAACGUAGGAUCUACAAGAGA